AUGGACAAAUUUGAUCUGCGGAAAACUUCAAAUCAGGUUAUUUCUGGCUUUUGAAAAUUUUUCUUUGGAUUAAUCUUAAGGAAUCAAGUUUAUUUCAUUACAAAGGUGUUCCUACAAAUUCCACUGUAAAAUAGUAGCCUAAGGUCAAUUUUUAAGCUUUAAAGUUUAACCAAACGGUGAAUGAACUAUGGAAGAAAAAAUGGAUUUUUCAAAAUUUAUUUUCAAGGUUUCAUUCGACAAAGAUCCGCCAAGUGAGGAAGAUUCAAGCAAGAAGGAAAUUUGGUGAGCUUUUUUUGAACUUCUUCAAGUUUUUCUAGAGCUCUUAAGACGGUGAAAAAAGUCUAAAACCCAAUUUUUGCAGUUCUUCAAGCCGGGCUUCCUCAACCCUGACCGAUUUGCCAUCAGACCGUCGUUUGACGUUCAAAAAACGAGCUUCUCAGAUUAUUCUCCAAGUACCCGUGGCCCAUUUGAAACGGAUCAAACAGACCGAAUCUGUUGGGUCUUUUCAUCGUGAAGCGAAACAUUUUUCGGGUCAGUUCUUUUAAAAUUUGUAGAUUUUCAAAAAAGGGGCUACGACGGGGUCUAAUCCAUUCCAAAUGCGGGCAAAAUUUUUUUUUGGAAACUUCGAUUUUUCUUGAUCAAAUUUUGAGUGGAAAAACGAUCUCAGCUUACAAAAAACGCGAACAAAUCUUCAAAACCGUCUUCUCGACCGCGACGCAUCAAAAGCCAUUCCAAAUGCGGCCAAUUUUUUUCAAAUUUCGGUUUUUAAUACUAUUUUUUUAUGGAAUUUUGAGUGGAAAAAAAUGCUCCCGGCUUACAAAAAAACCCGGAUAAAUCUUCAAAACCGCUCUCGCGACCGCGUCGCACCAAACCAUUCCAAAUGCGACCUUUUUCUCAAAUUUCGAUUUUUAAAACUCUCUUCAUCAAGUUUUGAGUGAAAAACUGUUCUCAGCCUACAAAAACCCGAUUAAACCUUCAAAACCGCUCUCCGGACCGCGUCGCAUCAAAAGCCAUUCCAAAUGCGGCAGGCAUUUUUUCCUUUGAAUUUUUCCUUUUGAAUUUUUCCAAGAAUCUAACAAUCUACCGUUUCUCGUUCAUUUGUUGAGUGAAAAAACGCUCUCAGCCAUAAAAAAAACCCGGAUAAAUCUUCAAAAACGCUCUCCCGACCGCGUCGCGUCAAAAGCCAUUCCAAAUGCGGCUAAUUUUUUUUUUAAUUUUUGAUUUUUAUUGCUUUCUCCAUCAAGUUCUGAGUGGAAAAACGUUCUCAGCUUACAAAAAAACCUGAAAAAGUCUCUGAAACCGCCCUCCCGACCGCGUCGCGUCAAAAGCCAUUCCGGAUGCGGUCUUCACUUCUAGGAAACCUUCUCAAGUGAAAAUUCGAUCUUAAGAUAUAACCACCCUGCACGGUCCGAAACGAAUCUUCUACGGGAAAAAGUGGUCGACCUGGUUCUGGAUCCUGAUCACCAUGUUCGCUGUCGUCAUGCUCAUCUAUCAGAUCUCAUCUCUGGUCUCUAUUUAUGCGAGUCGUCCUACUCUUUCUCAGGUAAAUAUUUUCAUUUUUUUUGUCUCUAAAAUCAAAUCCAAAGCUCUCAGACUGUCAAAAAAAAGUGAGAAAAAAUUGACUCAAAACGUCGAUUCUUAGUGCGAAAAAUGAAGCUAUGCGCAAGUAGUUUCAAGUCGGGUGCAAGACAAAAAUCGCAAAGCAUUCCUAACGGAACGAGCAGCUUCUUCUAAGCAGUAUUCUUUUGGAUUGUAUGAAAAGCAUCAGAGAACGACUGCCCAUGCUAAAGGAAGCUUCUCGGCGCAAGUAGUUUUCAGUCGGGCGCAAGACAAAAAACCGCUGUUGCAAUCCUAAUAGGACCAGCAGCUUCUCCAGAUCAAUAACCAUUUUUCAAAUUUUUUUUUGGAUUGUUUGAAAAACGUUAAAAAUGCCUGUUCAUGCUAAAGCAAGCCACUCGGCGCAAGUAGUUUUCGGUCGGGCGCACUUAAAAACAUCGCUGAACUACUCCUAAGGCGAUCAGUAGCUGCUCUAGAUUCAUAUUAAAGCUUUCAAAUUUUUUUUUUCAAAAUUAACUUAGAAAAUAUGUCAAAUAACGGUUCUCAUGCUGAAAUAUGUCAUCAGACGCGAGUAGUUUCUGGUCCGGCGCAAUUAUAAAAAAUUGCUGAAACCCUUCCUAAUGCGACCAGUAGCUGCUCUGGAUUCAUACUAAAAAUUUCUGGCAUCUUUUUCUUCGGAAUAAGUUCAGAAAAAAGGUCGAAAAAAUGACUCUGCAUGUUGAAAGAUGCUCCUAGGCGCAAGUAGUUUCUGGUCGGACCUGCUGAAAAUUUAUAUUUUCUUAUGCGACUGAUAAAUUUCUUAAAUUUCCAGGUCUCAUUUCUCAUCAGCGAAGAUGGAUUGGACUUUCCGAUCGUCACAAUUUGCAACUUCAAUCCGAUCAAGAAAAGUUAUAUCAAUAGUGAGUUUUGAAAAAAAUUUUCUAAUAAAAUUCAUAGUCAUUUAUGCUCCAUUGAUAAACGGUUGAAAACACUUUUUACAGGUAGAAAAUAGGAUGAAUUCGCUGAAAAAUGGCUUCUUUGAGCUAUUGUCAAUGGGGCGCGAUUAACUUCAAAAAAUGGCCACCAGGGUCUCCUAUAGUUAAAAAUGCUCUCAAUUCCAUAGAAUUCCUUAAAAAAUCAUUCAUUUUUCGAAAGAAAAAAAUCAUUUUCAACUUUCUUAUAUCCCAAAAAUCAACUACUAACUUCAGAAAUCAACGAAACGGGCGAUUUUUCGGACCUGCUACUGAAUUAUUUGCUCCAAUCGAACGCCGACACGGAAACUCUGUUCAAUUCGGCCGAUCGGGCGGAUUUACACAUUGGUAGAGUAUUAUUUUUCUCAUUUCAUCAUUAAAAAUUAAGAAAAAAAAGUCUAAAAAAAGUCAAAAAUUACAGGCGAGGCAAUGCUACAGUUGUAUCAGAAGAAGCAUCCGAAUUUCACGAUUCCUGGAUUUUUUGAUGAUGCCGGGUAGGACAAUUGAAACUCUUGUUUUGUUAAUGGAGCAAACUCUGCUGGGAAAAAAUAGCCAACUAUGAGAAAGUUUGCUCCCCUGAUAAAUCGGCAGUUUUUUUCAUUUUAUAUUAUCAGGAACUCUCGAAAAAAAUCUACAAAAAAAUCAUAAAAAAAUUUCUUCUUAUCAAUGGAGCAAAAUCCGCUGGGGAAAAUAGCGGGUAAAGAAAAUGGGCUCUUAUUUUUACAGAAUGUUUGCUCCACUGAUAAACCGUCAUUUUUUUAUUAUUUUAAAAAGAUCCGAAAUUCUCGAAAAAGAAUACAAAACCAUAAAUAUCUCUUUUUUAUCAUUGGAGCAAACUCUGCUCGAAAAAAUAGCCAAUAUAGAAAAUGGCUCUUUUUUGAUGGGAAGCUCGCUCUAAUCAUAAAAAUACUUAUUUUGGUUGAGUAACUAUCAAAAACGCUUCUUUAAAUCGAAGUUAUCUCCUUAUUAUCCGUGGAGCGCAAUCGAUUCGAAAAAAUGGCCAUAAAGUGAAAAAAUACUCCUCAUGAAGGCUUCUAUAAGAGAAAAGCCUUUUUGAAAUUGGAAAUAAAAUCAUUAGAAAUUUCGAGGUAAAAAAAAAAGAAAUAAACCAUGGAUUUCUUUUUUUUUAUCACUGGAGCAAACUCUGCUGAGAAAAAAAUAGCCAACAAAGAAAAAUGGCUCCUAUUUUUUUCUCGAAAAAGGCUCUUUUUUUAUGGAAAGCUCGCUCUAAUUUAAAAAAAUACUUAUUUUUGGUGGAGUUACUAUUCAAAAAAAGCAUCAUUUGAAUCAAAGUUAUCUCCUAAUUAUCACUGGAGCGCAAUUGAUUUGGAAAAAACGGCCAUAAAGAUGUAAAUUUUUCAGCUUCGAUUGUUCCGAGCUGAUGAUGAUGUGCUCAUUUGCGAGCAGAAGGUUCGUCUUUUUUUAUUUUCGAAUUAUUUUUCAAGCCAGGGACCUAAAAAAAAGUAGAAAUUCACUAUUUCCUUCGGUAUCAAUACUCAAAAUCGCUAGUUUUUCUCCGAUUUCAGAUCAAAAAUUCCAGAUUCGACUGCUGCAAGUACUCGAAAAAGCAGCUAACGAGCCUCGGAAAGUGUUAUUCCCUAAAUGUUCGCUUAAGUGAAAAGGAAUGGAUGAAGAAGCAAGUUUCGGCUGGCGUCAAUGCUGGGUUCGUUGACGUUUUCUUUCCAAAUUUCAAAAAUCCGAAAAAGGCCGCACUUGGAAUGGCUUCAAGGAUUACAUGUAGUUUUGCAGAAAGUUGAAGCAGAGACAAUCGGUAACACUUCAAUUUUUUUGUUUAAUUUAAAGAAAUUCCGAAACAGUAAAGCGUGCUAAAAACCUGCUUUAUUUCAAAUCUUCAAAUGCAAAUUUCUAUCAUUUUUUACUCAUUCAGUAUAUUAAUUACCUUAAAAACUAAUGAAAAAUCCAUUUUUUUAGACUCCAACUCGUGCUUGAUGCUCACCUAGAAGAGCAAUUUGAAUCAGGUGAACGUGCGUUUUUUAACGAAAUUAAAUUGCUCCACAGUCUCAAAAAACCGCAUUUGGAAUGGCUCAAGACGAAAUUAAGAACUGAAGGUGUUUUAUAAGCGAAAAAGCGUGAAAAAUUGGUUAAAAUUAUGUUGAGAGAUGCCGAGGGGCGUAGGUCGCUUUCGGUCGGGCGCAAAUUUCAAAAAUGCCCUGAUCCAUUCCAAAUGCGACCGAGGCUUCUUUUUCAUCAGGAAAUCAAGUUCAGACGCCGAGACAGUCCCAUACUACGCGAGUUCCUACGAGAACGGCUUCCGUUACUACGUCCACAGUUUGGGGACGAUUCCGUACUUGGCGAGCGAGGGGAUCAGUGUUUCGCCUUCGAGUCGAGUUUACACGGCGAUCGCCAGUAAUCGGGUGAUUUUUGGAAGGAUUCGAGCGUACCUUGAGCUUCGGACAUGUUGGGGCAUUCCAAGUGACCCCUCUAGUAGCGUCAGAGUUCUUAAGUGAUCCCUAGAACCGCCCAGAAACUUGCAAAAAUACGAGAAGAAAAUUCGAUCUUCCAAGGCGCUAUCCACAAUUAGUCCAUUAACCGCCAUCAUAGUCAAAAAUUUGUAAAAAGGGGCGGAGCCAGUAUACCACACCUUUCUGUCGAGUUUCAAAAGCACUAAUUAUCAAUUCCCCACCUGAGAAAGUUUAUUCAAACUCAAUCCGAGAAAAAUCCGAGCUUUCAAAAAAUAGUCCAUUCACCGCCAUCUUAGUGAAAAACUUGUGAAACGGGGCGUGGCCAAUGAGCCAGACAUUUUUGUUGAGUUUCCAAAAGCGCCAAAAAUGAUUAUCAACCCGAGAAACUUGAUAAAAAUGAGAAGAAUCGAAGCAUUAAAAAAUAGUCCAUUCAUCACCAUCAUAGUGGAAAAUUUGUAAAAAGGGGCGGAGUCAGUAUACCAAAACUUUCUGUCGAGUUAAAAAGGCACCAAACAUCCAUUCCCAAUCUAAGAAAUCUAAUUAAAACCUAAUCCGAGAAAAAUCCGAGCUUCAAAAAAUAGUCCAUUCACCGCUAGUAAGGGGAAAAAUCAAUAAAUCAAUAAAUCAACAAAAAAACGACUCAUUUUUGCAGUACAUCCUCCUGCCGCACAAGCAAUGGGGCAAUUGUUCCAACGACUGGCCCCCGGGCUACAGUACCCAGCUACCGUACUCCACGGCGAACUGCGAGCAUUUGUGCAAGGCCAAGUUCUUCAACGACAGCUGCGGAUGUUCGCCGGCCGAUUUGAAUUUGGAUCGAGGUGAUUAAAAAAGUCAAAAAUCAGAAAGAAUCGGUUAUUCUUGUGAUGAACAGAGAACCAUAAAAAGAGAAGGGAGAGCAGCGUCGGACUGAAAAGACGCCAGACACAACGAGGUGGUCUCUAACUGUCUGGCGUCUCUUCAGGCCGCUGUUGAUCUCUCGUUACGCAAGUUUUUCAUACCUUUCAUUUUCAUGGUAUUUCCGAAGUUAAUAAGGGAAUCCUGAACUAUGGAAAGGGAGAGCGAGAGCAGUGCCGGCCUGAAGAGACGCCAGACACAAUGAGAUAGUCUCCAACUGUCUGGCGUUUUUCUUGACUGAUAGAUUCUUAGAGAACUCAAAAAUCAUGUAAAACAAGCGGGAGAACAUUGUAGGCUUGAAGAGACGGCAGACAGCUAGAGAGUGACUAAUUGUCUGGCGUCUCUUCAAGCCAUUGUUGAUCUCUCAGUCCUUCUUUUUUCAUGAUUUCUCAGCUAUAAGUCUUCUUUGAGAACGAAAAAGCGUUCAAAAAUCAAAUUUUUUUCAGCCUUCAACAUCUGCACCCCUUAUCAGACCUAUCAGUGCAUUGACCGUCACGUCCGGAAGCAGAUAAAUGGUAGAAAUAUUUAAAGAAAGAUGAAAAAUUGAUUUUUCCAGGUACCGACUACUUUCAAAUGCCCGACUGCCGCGAGUGCAAGGUUCGUAUUGAAAAAUACUCAGCUUGGUCGCAUUUGGAAUGGCUCUGAUACUUAUAAUAGCCCUGUGCGCAAGCCGUUUUUGGUCGGAUUAAGAACCUCAUUACGUCAAGUGCGAUCAUAAUGCAAACGUAUUUUAUAAAUCAAUGCGACAAAAACAAUCAAACUAUUGUCACAGUAACCCGACAAAGUUUGUGAGCUUUUAGGAUAGUUACUAUGAGGCUCCGCCCCCUCAGUGGGUUACGGUAUUGUCAAACAACCUAUUCAACCGGAAAACCAUACAUUUCGAAAAACCUAAAACUUCCAGGCUCCAUCUCAAAAAUAGUUCAUUCACCGCCAACUUCCCGUUUUUCCAGGUCGAAUGCAACAGUCUAGUCUACCACGCCUACAAUUCCUACGGCCAGGGCUUCAAUAGUGCGGCUCUCCGGUUUUUCCAUAGUAAAAACUCGUCCUGGACCCCGGCGCAUGUCAAGUUUGUCUUUUUUUUUGAGAUUAUCUAAUUUUUUCUGAGAAAUAGUACCAAUCUACUAAAUGAAAAUGGGCUUUUGACGACUAUUUAUGGAAAAAUCGAUUUAGAAAGCCCUGGUCGCACUUGGAAUGGCUCAAGCUUCUGAAAUAAUCUUUCUGCGCUCCAAAAAAUGUUCCAGAAGGCUUCCAAAAUAGCUUUUAGAUAUUAUAAGUUUCCUAAUACAGCUCCUAGAACUCUCUGGGCUCCAAAACAGGUUUCUCUAACAAUAUUCUAGUAUCUCGAGCGCAAGUCGUUUUAAGUCGGGCGCAUCCAAAAACCGCUUUUCGACCAUUUUGCUGCUUCAAUCAUCAAUUAUCAUACAGAAAAAUCAAUUUUCCUAAAGUUCUAGGGCGAAUUUCAUGACGAUCAACGUGUUUUUCCGCGACAUGUCUCAUACUGAAUAUCGGCAGGUUCAGGCGACCUCUCUGACCGAAAUUCUCAGUGAGUUUUCUCAGAAAGGGUCAGAGGACCUUGAAUAGAGCUUCUCCCAAAACCGAGUCGAAAAUUGAGCCAAAGCGAGGGGAAUUGAGCUCGAAAAUAGGGAAAUUAUCAAUGGAGCGCACAUGCAACUUUCAAUGCGGCUAUUUUUUCCAUGAGAUUUUCGAGCUAGUUUUUUGGAACAAUGUUUUAAUUCGUGUCCUUUUCUACAGUCAAUCUUACUUUUUAAAGUUUUUCUUCGAAAUUAGACCUAUAACCUCCAAAUUUUGCACCUUUUUUCAAAUUACAGGUGACAUGGGCGGAAACAUGGGCCUAUUUCUUGGGAUGAGCGUCUUUUCUUUCGCCGAACUUGUUCUUUUUCUUUCAAAAUGCAGUUGGAUCGUCGUUUCGAAGAAACGACGGAACUACAUGUACAAGAAAAAAGUCAGCGAAGAGGUAAUUUUUUUUUUGAAUAAAAUUUCAUGGUCGCACUUGGAAUGGCUUAGAGGUUACUUCAUAGGCAAAGUGGGAAAAGGUCAAAAAAGGUCGAAAAAGGCUCCAUAAAAAUGUUCCUUUUUGGGACCCUUUUUGGUGCCUUUUUGUUGCCUUUUUGCUGCCUUUUUGGACCUUUUUUGAGCCCCACCCCUCUAGUAUCCACCAAUCCGACUUUGCCUGAGUUCUAACGCUUUUCGAUACCUCAACGCGCAAGCCGUUUUUGGUCGGUUGACCUUCAAAUUAACCUUUUUAUAGCCGAGCUAUUCCCCAUGCGAUCAUCGGAUCAUAAACCUUCAAAUUUUUUUUUUCCAGGAAGCUCAGAAAAAUAUCGAAGAAGCGGUGACGAAUAUGAAAAAUAUGAAAAGUCGAAAAGCCAAUGGAUCGAUGAGGGCUUUGAAGGCAAAGGUACAUCAUUUUUUGAAAACUUCGAGCAUUUCUCAGUGGAGCAACUUUUCCUCGAAAUUAUCGCCUCUCUGAUAAAUUAUUUCAGAUCUUGGCUCUAGCACAAAACCGAAACUUUGGUGGAUCCACAGUUAGCCCCACUUCAGAUGACGUCAUUACCGUACGUUUCAAAUUUCUAUUCUUAUCAUUGGAGCGCAAUUUCUUUAUAAAAAGUAGAGACCGCAGAGCCACGCCCCUUUUUGCGAUGGUGAAAUGCACUGAUUUUUUAGAUUUUGUGUUUGAUGUUUUCGUAAAAGCACAAUACUGAACCAAAAACAGAGAAAAUUGGGAGAAACAUAGAGAAAACCUUCCUCUUUAAUCUGAUAUAUUUUUCCCCCGAUUUUCGUAGCGUUUUAGCGGUGUGUCGUACAAAAAACCAAAACUACUUUUUUUCUUCGGGUUUUUAACCUAGUUCCAUGUCGUUGGCGCCUUUUUUUAUUUUCGAAUUCGAUUCUUAAGUGAAAAAAAAAUCUUUUAGGACAAAAAAAUAAAGUUUUUACGGUGCCUAAUCUUCGUGAGGCCGCGCAAAGUUGAAAAUGUUGUACUCGCUUUCGAGAGCGUGUAAGUGAAAAAAAUUUUUUUAUUUUAACUUGUGGAUUAAAUUGUAACUAAAAUUUUAUUAAUAUAAAACUUAUUCCGAAAAACUUUGUUUUUCUGAGAAAAAAAUAGACAGUCAAAAUUUCGAAAUUCAUUUUAACAUGGUCAGAUGUCGUUGGCGCCUUUUUUUAUUUCUUAAAUAUUAGCGUAUCUCAAUUUUCAAUCAAUUAAAAAAAUAAAAAUAAAAAAAUUUUUAGCGGUGCCUAAAAAGUUUAAUCAGUGUUAGUUUGAAGACAACGUUAAAAUAAGAAAAAAACACCGAAAAACGGAAGCAUUUUUGAACUGAAUCUCUACGAAUAAAUUAUUUUUAGGUGGCCCGAACACACGUGACUCAUAAUUGUUCAACUACUAUAACUUUUUUUUAAACAAGAUAGUCGGUUAAUGCUGUACUUUGAGGUGAAGUGGUGUAUAGCGCGAACGCCUCCUAUCUUCGAGAGAUGUACGUAGAGCAGCGCAAGUGCGCUUGCAUACAGUUUUGAUAUCGCGAGUUCAAUCCUCGCAGCGGCAAUUUUUUUAUUUUUUUCAAGAAAAAAAUAGCUUUUUCUUUUUCAAACUUGUGGUUUUAUACUGUUUUAAUGACUUAUUACGACUUUGAAAAACCAAACUAAACUACUAAAAAAAGUUUAAAUCCGAUAUGAAAACAAAAUGAACGACCAAAAAGUGUAAAAUCUAAACUUUCAGUACUAAAUUUCGCGACUUUUUUUCACUACUGUUUUGACCAUAACUUUUUUUCUCAACCUUUUUUUGAAAAAAACUAAACUGUUUUUGAAUAGUAAAUUAGAGCAGCUAUCCAACCAUAGUAAUAUUGAAGUUCGAAAAAAAUUUUUUUGAAAAAUUCGUCUGCGGUCCCUAAUAAAAAGUCCAAAAUUUGAUAAAUAUUUUUUCGACCUUUUGUGAGUUCAAGGGCGCUUCAGAUACCCAAUUUUCAUGCAAAUAAUAAAAGUUAAUUAAAUUAAAACUAACCGUUUUUCGAUCCGAACAAAAGACGUAUAAACUCUUGACGGCUGUUUCUUCCAUCUCAAUCGCGCUCCAUCGCUAAAAUCAAUUUUCUAUUCAGAAUCAACGAUCAAAGUACGUGGAUCAGACAAAACUGGGCCGAUCUCAAACGAUUUCCGAAGCUGAGGCUUCGGUGAGUCAUCUUAUUGGACAUUUUUAAAGUACGAGCACUUUUUUUUUGCAGAAAUACUAUCGAAACGGGUCGCAGGACAGCACGGCGAGUAUGGUGAGGACUUUUCGAAGUAAAAAAAAAUAACAGAGAGAGUGUGGGAAAUGGAGAGACGACAGACGUUAGACAUUUUCUCUGCUUCUCUAAACCAUCCUAUUUCCUUUGCUCUCUAUUUUCUUCGCUUUGAAAAAAUUUCUUUAGUUUAUAGAAAUUUAAUUCGAAUCUAAUCUCUCCACUUUUCCUAUGCUCUUUACUGUUCGGCAGCUAUGAUUUUUUUUUUCGAUUUAUCUGGGAUUCCUGUUUCGGUUUGGGGUUAAAAAAAGGGAAAUUUUCGAAUCAUGUUUUAGGAUGCUCUGCUCUAUUAAUCAAUAAGAAAGAAUCCAGUAUGAUGAGAAUUUUUCAAAGUAAAUUAAAACCUCACAGAGAGUGUGGAAAAUGGAGAGACGACAGACGUUAGACAUUUUCUCUGGUUUUCUGAACCCUCCUAUUUCCCUUGCUCUCUGUUUUUUUCGCUUUAGAGAAUCUCUUUCGUUUAAUAAUUCCAGUUUAGUCUAAUCUCUCCACUAUUCCUAUCUUUACUGUUCGGAAGCUAUGAUUUUUUUUUUUUCGAUAUAGUUGGGACUCCCGUUUCGACUAGGGCGUAAAAAAGGGGAAUUCCCAAUUAUUUUGUUCGAGGAUUGCCCUCUACAUUGCUCCACAUAAAAAAUAUACCCACUUGAGAUUUUUUGAAAAAUCGAAUAUUUUGAGAGUUUCUGAAAAUCUUAUUGUUAUCAAAAGAUGGGAAUUUUGAUCAAACUAUAUCAUCUAUCAACAAAGUUCUUAUUGAAAAAAAAAAUGUUUUUAAAAAUUUUAAUUUUUCGAAAAAUCUCGGGUGGAUGUAUAAUUUUGUGGAGCAGUGUAGUAAUCAAAAAAAAAAGAACCCAGUAUAAUGAGAAUUUUUCAAAGUAUAUUAAACCUAACAGAAAGUGUGGGAAACGGAGAGACGACAGACGUUAGACAUUUUCUCUGGUUCACUAAACCCUCCCAUUUCCCUUGCUUUUUUUAAAAAUUUAAUUCGAAUCUAAUCUCUCCACUUUUCCUAUACUCUUUACUGUUCGGCAGCUAGAAUUUUUUCGAUUUUGUUGGGAUUCCCGUUUCGACUAGGGCAUAAAAAGGGGGAAUUUUUCAAAUUAAUUCGUUCGGUGAUUUCCGUCUAUUAAUCAAUAAGAAAGAAUCCAGUAUGAUGAGGAUUUUUCAAAGUAAAUAAACAGAGAGUGUGGGAAAUGGAGAGACGACAGACGUUAGACAUUUUCUCUGGUUCUCUAAACCCUCCUAUUUCCCUUGCUUUUUUUAAAAAUUUAAUUCGAAUCUAAUCUCUCCACUUUUCCUAUACUCUUUACUGUUCGGCAGCUAGAAUUUUUUUUUUUCGAUUUUGUUGGGAUUCCCGUUUCGACUAGGGCAUAAAAAGGGGGAAUUUUUCAAAUUAUUUCGUUCGGUGAUUUCCGUCUAUUAAUCAAUAAGAAAGAAUCCAGUAUGAUGAGAAUUUUUCAAAGUAUAUUAAACCUAACAGAAAGUGUGGGAAACGGAGAGACGACAGACGUUAGACAUUUUCUCUGGUUCACUAAACCCUCCCAUUUCCCUUGCUUUCUAUUUUUUUAGAAAUUUAAUUCGAAUCUAAUCUCUCCACUUUUUCCUAUGCUCUUUACUUCGCAGCAGCUAGGAUUUUUUUCGAUUUAUCUGGGAUUCCCGUUUCGACCUAGGCUGAAAAAAGGAGAUUUUUCAAAUUAUUUUGUUCGGUGAUUUCCUUCAACAAUAACCAAAAUUUAAAAAAACCCACAUGUUGAGAAUUUCUGAAUUUCUCUAAAAUCUCCACUUUCUCCAUGCUAUCUAACCUUUUAGCCAAAAUGAGCCGAUUCGAAAAUUUGAUAAUUUACCUAGAUUUCGACAUUUUCAAGUUCAUUUUUAGGCAUAGAAAGAAAAAAUUUUCAAAUUGCGGCUUUUUUCUGUUCUAAUUAUCCACAGAGCGCAAAAUCCUCUUUUUCAGCCGGCAAUUUUUUUUUAUGAAUUCCACUCAUUUUCAGAUCGAGUUCAGCAUCAACCUGUCCGACCUCAGGAAUCAAUUGGAACUCGGCCAUUUUCCUCCGAAUGUCCAGUCUAGUUUGAAAAAUAUCCUGGCCGAAAAUUCGAAAAACGAACGGCAGAGAUCUCACAGUACAGCAGGGCCGAGUACGGUGUUUUUCGUCGAAAAUGAGGAUUGA